AUGCAAAGAGACAAGUUGAUUCAUGCCCUAAGAAGCCUUGAGCUCCCCGAAGGGUUUCAGCAAAGCAUUUUAAAAAGUCAGAAGCCUCCGAAGCCCCUACGAGGCUACCUCUCCUCCUGCAGCUGCUCCCUCCACGAGAAGAUGAAGGUCUCCACGGCAGCCGUCUCCUUCGUCCUCCUCCUCAGCACCACUGUGGCCCUCGGGUCCGAGAAUGAAUCCUCUUCAAAAGGACUUUACCACUCCACGGAGUGCUGCUUCAACUACGUGAGCCGGGCAAUCCCCCGGCAGCACGUUUCAAGCUAUUAUGAGGCCAGCAGCCUGUGCUCCAAGCCUGCAAUCAUCUUCAUCACCAGGAAGGGCCUUUACGUCUGUGCCAACCCCCAUGAUGGCUGGGUCAGGGACUAUAUCAAGGAACUGGAGGAGUGA